UAGAGUAGUAGAUCGGUAAUAUUGGGGUUAGGGUUUGCGGUGUGUGUGAAUAAGGGCAUAUGGCUGGCACCGGCAUCCACCCAUACCACCAACAAUGGCCACCAGCAGCUGCUGCAGCUCCUCCUCCUCCUCCGCCAUCUGCUGCCGCUCCUCCUCCUCACUCCACCGACGAGGUUCGAACGAUAUUCAUAACAGGUCUUCCCGAAGAUGUGAAAGAGAGAGAACUGCAGAAUCUGCUGAGAUGGUUGCCUGGGUUCGAAGCUUCUCAACUCAAUUUCAAAGCUGAAAAGCCUAUGGGUUUUGCUCUCUUCUCCGCUCCUCACCAAGCACUCGCCGCCAAAGAUAUUCUUCAGGAGAUGCUCUUCGAUCCUGAAUCUAAGUCUGUCCUCCACACUGAGAUGGCCAAGAAAAAUCUCUUUGUCAAAAGAGGAAUAGGAGCUGAUGCAGGUGCUUAUGAUCAAAGUAAACGUUUACGCACGGCUGGGGAUUAUACACACACUGGUUAUGCGAGUCCAUCUCCUUUUCAUCCUCCCCCACCACCUGUCUGGGGACCACAUGGUUACAUGGCUCCGCCACCACCUCCUCCAUAUGAUCCAUAUGGUGGCUAUCCUGUUGCACCAGUACCAAUGCCUACUCCUGCUCCCAUAGCAGCGCCUAGCAGUUAUGUUCCAGUACAGAACACAAAAGAUAACCCUCCUUGCAACACCCUGUUUAUUGGGAACUUGGGAGAGAACAUUAAUGAGGAAGAAGUGAGGGGACUUUUCAGUGUACAACCUGGGUUUAAGCAAAUGAAGAUUUUAAGACAGGAGAGGCAUACAGUUUGCUUCAUUGAAUUUGAAGAUAUGAAUAGUGCUACCAAUGUGCACCAUAAUCUGCAGGGUGCUGUCAUCCCAAGUUCUGGUUCGGUUGGCAUGCGGAUACAAUAUUCCAAAAAUCCAUUUGGCAAAAGAAAAGAUGGCAACCUUCCCAUUGCUGUUCCUAGUGCCAAUGGAGCUCCACCAACCAUGACUUAUCAGUAGCUUGAAGGGGAUGUACUCUGUUCUUUAUGCUCCGACAAAUAUUACUACAUAAUAGGAUGCAUCUUGCAGCUGUUACAUGCAUCCAUUGAUUAUCAAGUCAUCGCCAUUAGCAUCCCUGCUCAUGUGAAUGAAUGCACAGUGGCAUCAUAUACAUACAUUUGGCUGUUAUACUAAUCGGACAUGCAUUUCUUGGCAGCAUGUGUUGGUUCCCAGAUUACUUUCGUAGUGUUUAGAUGACGUUAUCACCUGUAGAACUGAUGCAUGGGUCUAAAUUUUGUUUGAAUUGUGUGCUUUAUGGUCAUAUAUACUUCCUAUGUACAUUGACAGCUGGCAUUGUUAUCUACUUUCCACCUUUAGGUUCAUCUAUUGCUUCUUUGA